CUGUUGACAUAGACUUGCCGCUGCUGCUGGGGGCCCCGGGGGCCCCCCUCUUCCGCGCUAACAGUCAGUUCUGCUUGGCGUAUUUGAACGGCUGGCCUCACGUUUUUCUGUGUUCAAUCCCUGGGGUGUCUCUUCGACCCGGGGAGAUUUUGAUUUACCACAGAUUUAGCUGUUGGGGGCCCCUGCAGCAGCAGCAACAGCAACAGCAGCAGCAAAUCGCAGCAGCAAGAGCGGCAUUGCGCACGCGGCUAGCAGCAGCACUAGGUUCUCCUCGACCUUGCCUACGCAGCAGCAGCAGCAGCACUAGCAGGAACAACCAAAACAACAGCAACUGCAGCAGCAGCAGCAGCAACAGCAGGGGCUCUGAAGAGGAUGAGGAGGUAGAGGGGGGCCCCCCGGGGGCCCCCCUCCUCCCCAGUACCCAAACUCAGUUAGGGGGGCCCCCCAUGCUGCUGGCCCGUGAUCGCGUCUCCAGCAUUAAUCAACUCCUUAAGCAGAGGGGCCCCCAGCGCUGCGAUCGUUGUGAAGUAUGCAAGAAGGGCAGCAGCUGCGCAGCAGCAGCAGCAGCAGCAGCAGCAGCAACACCAGCAGCAGCAGCAGCAGCAGCAGCAGGGGAGGAGGGUACUUCCUGUCGGCUGCUGCAGUGCGAUGGGUGUCUCAGUACCUUCCAUUGCUGCUGCUUGGGGGCCCCCAAGGGGGCCCCCCCUCCUCUUUCUGCUGCUGAGUGGCUCUGCAGCAGAUGCGUAGAGCGAGGGCAUGCAGCAGCAGCAGCAGUCUUGGGGCCCCCUGAGGCCCCCGACUUGCUGCAGCAGAGUUCGUAUGCUGCUUCAACUCCCUUUAUAGGGGCCCCCUGGACUGAAGAGGAGGGCCCCCCGAGGGCCCCCAUGUCUCCUGUCCCAGCAGCAGCAGGUGCAGCAGCAGCAGGUCCAGCAGCAGCAGGUGCAGCAGCAACAGGUGUAGCAGCAGUAACAGCAGCAGCAACAGGUGCAGCAGCAACAGGUGCAGCAGCAACAGGUGCAGCAGCACCGGGUGCAGCUGCACCAGGUGCAGCAGCAGCAACAGCAGCAGCAGCAGGAACAACAACAACAGCAGCAGCAGCAGCAAGAAAGCCUUCAGAGUUGAGGGACACUGCUAGUUCUUCUGAGAAGAAUUGUCUCUUUAGAGAUGCAGCAGCAGCUGGCAGCAGUUUGCUGCAGUCGAGUGCAGCAGCAAAUUUACUCUGUCUCCUUGUCCCCUGUCUUGUUAGGGGCCCCCAAGAAGCAGAUGCGGUGGGGCCCCCAGUGCUGCUGCUAUGA